CGCUCGGCCAUAAGACCAUGCAACACGGCACGGACAACGCUCUAGCGCGACAUCGAGUGCUCGUUGUGUGCGCAUUGUAGUAUUCAGCCGCAGAAGUGGAAGCCAGCAAUCGCAUCCCGCAUGCGGCUGGUACGCAAUGUGGCACUCGCACAGGAGGGCGCCACGUUUCGAGCUUAUUUUCGGCAGCGAUGCAUCAACAGCAACGUCAUUUCAAAUGAAGCCGCGGGCAACUUUCUACUACGACAUCCUCUCGCCGUAUGCGUACAUACUCUUGAAGACGCGGGCGCCGCUCGAGGCGAAGCUGGACUUGCGCCCCGUGCCGAUCUACUUGCCUGGCCUCUUCAAGGCCCACAACGUCGUGGGACCGAUGGCGAUUCCUUCGAAGCGCGCCUUCAUCUACGCCUCGGUCGUGCGCUCGACCAAAAAGCUUGGGCUUCCGUUCAAGUUUCCGCCGCGACACCCGUUUCCAGCGACGCCGGCCCUUCGACUGCUCGCACAGGAGAACGCCGACUUAGCCAUGCUCGACAAAGCGUUCGACUUUGUCUUUGGUCACGGUCAGGACCCGGACGAAAAGUGGCCCGAGUUCUGCGCGGCGCUGGGACUGCCGAUGUCGACGGUCAAGCCAACGGACGCUACGAUCAAGGCCAAGCUCAUUGCUAACACAGAGGCCGCCGCGCGGCAGGGAGUCUUUGGUGUGCCCACGAUUGCGUACCAGGACCAGCUCUUCUUUGGCGCCGACUCGAUGGAAUGGCUCCUCGAGUUUCUCGACGAUCCAGACAUGUUUAACGAUCCGGCGUACAAAGCGGCGUGGGCGACGGAAAACCCGUUCGCGCGCAAAGAAUAAGGCGGUUGCGCUGAAGCCUCGAUCGUGUUGUGUGGUGAUGCCUUGGCAUGCAUAGAUACCUAUAGCUCUAGAACUCUAGUAAUUUCACUACAAACGCCAGCAAAUUUACAUGCGAGCUGCCUGGAAACACAGCUGAAUCAUCUUGUC